UGACUGGCGGCAGGGGCAAGAUGGCGACGCCGAGCCCCGCUGGCGCUGCGGGGGACCCCGAGGCCCGGCUGCUGUGGGAGCGGCCCUGGACCCUGGAGGAGGUCCGCGGCGAGAGCCAGGCCUGGUCCUUGGCCGCCGACGCCGGGCUUCUGCGUUUUCUGCAAGAGUUCUCUCAGCAGACCAUCUCCAGGACUCAUGAAAUCAAGAAGCAAAUGGACGGGCUGGUCCAAGAGACCAAAAACACCGAUUGCCGCCUGCACAAUGUCUUCAAUGGGUUCCUUAUGCUGUCAAAUACACAGUUUAUUGAAAACAGAGUAUAUGAUGAAGAAGUGGAAGAAUCUCCACCCAGAGCUGAUGUGGGAGACAAACCAGAGCAGGAAAAGACGCGUGAACAGAAAGAAGCAGAUUUGAUCCCCAAAAUCCAAGAAGCUGUGAAUUAUGGGAUGCAGGUUCUAGACAGCGCCUUCGAACAAUUGGACAUCAAAGCCGGGAACUCAGAUUCUGAAGAAGAAACAAACGAAAAGGUGGAAUUAAUAUUGGAACCAAAGGAUCUCUACGUCGAUAGGCCUCUGCCGUACUUGAUUGGCUCCCAGCUCUUCAUGGAACAAGAUGAUGUUGGCCUUGGAGACCUGUCCAGUGAAGGUUCAGUAGACAGUGAUCGUGGGAGCAUGGUGGACAGCGAGGGAAAGGACGAGGAGGAACUGGAGGAAGAAUUUGGGGAUGCAAGCGAGGAUGAGCAGAAACCGGGAACGGCAUUGGUGAGCGACGAAGAGGACGACGACCUCUUUGGUGGUGACUCUGAAAAGGGGGAAGAUGACGAAGAUGACGUGGAGGAAAAUUCAAGGCUGCUUCAGAAAAAGAAACGGCCCACAUCUUUCACUGAUCAACUGGCAGCUCGUAUCAAAGGGGACCAGCCACAGAAGAGAAAUAAGGAGCAAUUGGCAUCUGCAGAUAUAAAAAAUCAGAAUGCAGAGAAAGAGAAGGAAGUCGUUGGCGUUCCGUCGGACGAGGAUGACGAUCUCUUCUGCCCUCCCAAGCUGACUGACGAAGACUUCUCACCGUUCGCCUCGACGGGAGGCCUCUUCAGUGGCGGGAUGGGACUUUUCGAGGAGGAGGAGAGUGAUCUCUUUGCCGAAUUGCCAAAAGGGGAAGAUGCGGUAGAGAAAGAUGAACGAGUCCCAAUAAAUGACGAACCGUCAUCAAAAGCUGUCAGGAAGGUCCCUGCUGGUGCUGUCUUUCUCUUUCCAGGAGGGAACGAUGUCUUUAGCCCCUCCUCGCUUCUUACUGAGAAAGAAGACAAGAAGGCGGCAGAACCGGUUGCGGAGAGAGCUCCCAAACACCACACGGGGCCCAGCCUGUUUGAUGACGACGACUUCCACGUCAGAAGGAGCGACCCCGUUCCAAAAGCAUCCAAAUCUGGCGCUGAUCUGUUUGGUGAUGACGAAGAGGACCUGUUCAAGGAAAAGCUGGAUGCUGCCAGGAUGGUCAAGGAUGCCCCCAAAGAAGCUGAAGCAGGUCAAGGACCGAUAGUCAGAGACAAGAGCCAGCCACCUUCUACUGAAAGCUUCAAACCGUCAACUCCAGUUGUUCCCAAAGACCACAAAAACUUGUUCUCCGAUGAGGAGGAUUCUGAAGAUUUGUUUUCCUCCAGCCGGUCUUCUAAAAGCUCGGCCUUACCCAGCAAAGGCUCAACGAAAGCUCCCCUGUCUCUCUUUGAGGACGAGGAUGAAGAGGAACUCUUCGGGUCUCUGCCUGUGAAGGCGCCGGUGUCCAAACCUCCCUUGGAGAAAUCAUCCCGUUUGCUCUUCAGCAGCGAUGAAGAGGAUCACUGGAAUCCUGGCGCAGCCGUCAAACCUGCAUCCGAAGGCAGCCAAAAAAAGGAAGUUGCAAAGGCUGCAGUAGCUGGACCCAAGAAAAGUCUCUUUGAGGAAGAUGAGAAAGAAGAGGAUUUGUUUGCUCUCACUAAAGACAGCCAAAGAAAAACUCAGAAAGCUGCUCUCCUGUUUGAAGAAGACGCUGUGAACGGGGAUUCUCUCUUUGACGUCCAGCCAUCCUUGCUGCCGUCCAGCACUCAAGCAGUAACGGGAAAGGGGCACACUCCAGACCCUUUGCCUCCUGGUGAGCAGGCAGAUUUGCUGGAAACUGCUCAGAAAGAAACAGUGAAAGAGAAGACAGUGGCUCAUGAUGAAUCUGAUGCACCCCCUGAGGCUCUUGGUCCUGGAGAAGAUCUAGCUGAGCAGCAAAAGGCAGAGGAAUCCCCCUUGGAGAAAGACACCAGGAGAAAGACAAAAAGUGUAUUCAGCUUAUUUGAGGAUGAAGAGAAAACUGGAGACGCAGAUGCUGGCAGAAACACUCAGAAGGAUAUUGAGAAGCCCCCAGAGAAGAGCGCUCGUCCCAAAAGCACCGGGGUCUUCCAGGACGAAGAACUCCUGUUCAGCCAUAAGAUGGAGAAAGACAACGACCCGGAUGUUGAUCUUUUUGCCAGUAACAGGAAAGGGGUCCCGAAGCCCCGGGGGAAGCUUCCGUUUGGUGGAGGUUUGUUCGGAGAUGAUGACGGUGAAGAUGGUCUCUUUAGCUCGGCUAAAGCAAAGCCGCUGGAAUCCACCCGCCCUGCCUCAAGUAAGCCUAAAGAGCCAGCACCUCGGAUUGGAAAAUUACAAGCCAGUUUGGACAUUAACCCAGCAGCUUUGCUGCCAGGUGGGGCUCGGAAACCUUCCCCGCCACAUCGGGAGCCUCACGGGGUGCAGCGCACUCAAGCGGCCCCUUCUGCAGGGAACAGCGAGGAGACAGGAGUCAGCUUUGAUCAUCCCGUGCAAGCAGAUACGUUACAUAACGCAAACAAGGACCGAAUCAAGAUAACAAAGAAACGUCGGCCGCCCUCCAGGGCCACCAGGCGCGUAGCUGCUCAGAAGUCCUGCGAGAACGAAGGCAGCGGCACUGAGGACCCCCCUUUGCGCCCCUUGGCAGAAAGCCCUAUGCCACCGUUGGCAACUCCGAGUACCAAGGGAGCCCGCGAGAAGCAGAAGUUGCUUCCGACAACCAGCGGCAGCGACCAGCUGUGUAAAACAGAUGACGGCCCCGUCUCAAAGUCGACGGCCCCACCUGAUGCCGUCGAUCUCUUUGAAUCCGGGGACCUCUUUGAGGUCAGCAGAGAACCGAAAGUGACCUCAAAGCCCAAGGCCAAGUUGAGGACGGAGGAUCCGGCCAGCCGAGCCCCUAAAGACGGGGAGGGGCUGCCGGUUCCGUCGCUUCUGGGCGAUUCAAAUGGGGAAGACCUCUUCAGGCCUGCCAGACCGUCAAAGAAAUCCAGCCCUGCUUCUUUUCUGGACGGCCAAGAGGACCUCUUCGGUAGUAAACAACCCCUGAAAAGAAAAGCUGCCAAACCCACUCCUUCGUCAGAGGUGGCUCCUACGAGCAAAGAUAUUUUUGAGGACGAUAUCUUUUCAUCGGAAGCCGUCAAGCUGCCACCUGCCCAAGCGAAAGAGUUGGAAGCCAGCCUGUUUGAUGACGACGUUGACAUUUUUGCCGAUCUCGCUGUAAAACCGAAAGAGAGGAGCUCCAAGAAGAAGGUGGAAGCAAAAUCCAUAUUUGACGAGGACAUGGAUGAUAUCUUCAUGCCUACCAGCCAGUCCAAGUCACAGACCAAAAAGGCCCCACCUGUUGAGAUACCUUCAGGAGCUAAACCUGAACCCAAAGCAUCAAGUACGUUUGAAGACCCGCUGAACGCGUUCGAAGGCCGAUGAAGAUGUGGUUAAUGUCUCUUCUGUAAUAUACUCAUCCCGCCCGGCAGUAAUUAAUUCCUUUUGCUUUUUAAUCUAUCAAUAUGACAGAACUGUGAAUAUUCCUUGCCUGUCUCUUCAAAUCAGAUAUAACAGGAUAAACAUUGCAAAAACUGUCUCCAGCAAUACUAUCCAGCCGGGUGGUUUGACUUCAUUAUCUUGUCCCAUCCCAUGCUAAUGUAAUCUAUUGUAUAGAUUCUAUUGCUCAGAGCUACAAAACCCAAUCUCUGGUGCUGGUAAAUAGCAUUUAUGAAACCA